GCAGGGUCGACAACCAGCAGACCAGGCUGCCCAGAGCCACAUCCAGCCUGGCCUUGCAUGCCUGCAGGGAUGGGUCAGAGGGACCCGAUGGACAGACAUCUGUGGGAAGAAUAGGAUUGAUAUCACAGGGCUUGGGCCUUUCUCAGCCUCUGGCAGAGAUGCAGCAGAGCUGAGCCAUGGCCACAAUGUACUGAUAACUCUCCCUAUUGUUUGGACGCAUCACCAUGAGAAGCUGGCUGCAGGACUUGCUGUGAGCAACCUUGGCUUGGGAAGGACCUGGGGCCUGUGUGUCCAUCCCCAGUGUCACAGGAACCAACACAGCUCUACUUUAGCAAACCUCCAUGUAACCCCUUCUGUUGCCCCUCACCCCACUGAUGAGCACUAACCCCUUUAUCCAGCACAUGGGUGAGCUUGCUAUUUGCAGACAUUAUAUUCAUUAUCCCUGCCCCACAAACCAGUCAGUUCUCCAGUAUUUUAUGACUUAAAAGCUGGGUGGGAUGUAAUGGUAAAGCAUGCAUUUAUUAGGAAAUUACCCCCCAAAAAGCCCUCUUUCACUCUGAGCAUAUGAAACAAUUAAAAAACUCAUGAAAUAAAUGCAAACUCAAAAGUCAGUUAUAAAUCCUCCUUGAAGAAGUCCCCAGAUUUCAUGUUACUGCAGGCUGGAGAGUUUUAUUGAUUGAAAACACACAUUCCUGCACUCUUUCCGUGCACUUGUCAUAGAACUGUCGAACUGAGGAAUUGUGUGAGUUGGAAGAGACCCUUCAAGGCCAUCUGUCCCACUCCCUGCACUGAACAGGGACACCCACAGCUCCAUCAGUGCUCAGAGCCCCAUCCAUCUUGGCCUUCAUCUUUCUAUUGGCUUCAGUCUUCUCUUACGGGCCCUAUCUUCUUAAUCUCCUGUCAUUUUCUCAACAGCCUUCAGCUCUUAUCCUGCUGAAAUGAACUAUGGUACAUGGACUGGCUGGAUGCCUUUUGCAAACUCAGCUCCUGUUUAUCCUUGUGGGACAAUUGGUUCUGUCCUCCCAGCACCAUGACAUUGCUCCUUUGUUUUGUUCCUGCCUAUGACCCACUGCAAUCUGAUUUUUUUUUUUGCAGGCUCCUUGUUUUGCAUUCUCCAGCUAAUUGCUCUUGUUUGUACAAGAGAAGGUAGCUUUCCCUGUAUUUGUUUUAUUAUUUCUUAAGCACAAAAAGAUCCAUGGGAUUGCUAAUUCUGUCCUUUAAUGCUUUGAAGUCCCUUUCAACUUCUUAUCUAUGAAUAUAUUCAGUAGAUUCUAUAGAUGACCAUAAAAAUCCUUAGGCAAUACAGUACUGGACUCACUACAGAUUUCUGACCAGAUACGGUGUGCGAUUCCAUUUUCUUAGCUUCAUUUAGAUAUCUGCUUAUCUCAUUUAAUCAGCCUUUUGGAAGACAUUCAGACAAAAUUACCUAAAUAUCUCUCAGGUUAUUGUUGUGGAGCACCAGGUUGGGAAAGACCCCCGAGGAACCUCUUUGCCAACGCAGGGAUGAAUGCAACCUGAAAACAAUUCUCUGUGAUGGAUGCGAUCAUAACAUCACAGAAUCAUUACAGCUGGAAAAGAUCUCCAAGUGCAACCCCAGCCCACCCCCACCAUGCCCACUGACCACAUCCCUCAGUGCCACAGUCCCACUUUGAACCCUAAAAGGGACGGUGACCCCCACCACCUCCCUGGGCAGCUGUGCCACUGCAGCACCUCUCUUUCUGAGAAGAAAUGUUUCCUAAUAUCCACAGAUCAGAUGUCCCAGCCUUACAGAGCAGGGUGCUGGGUGCCCACAGGUGGAUUUGGAGGAGGGGCAUUGCACCCACACGUCCAGGUUGGGGCUGGGAGGUGAAGCCCACUGGAGCAUGGCCCCAGGCGCCAGGCAUCUUUGGCAGUGGGUGCAGCAGGUCGGGGUGACAUUGCACACACCAGAAAGCAAACACUGCCUCUUUGGAGAUGGCUUUGGUUGCGUUCCUCCUCCUGCCAUGCUGCUCGUAUCAGGAAUCCCUCUAUAAAACCCAGGGUCUCCAGAGCUGCCCACUGUGGCAGUGCCAGACCUGCUUUGCUCUGAGCGUGCUGAGAUCUCCGCUCUCCUCCAGACAUGAGACUGCUCUGCGUGCUCUUUGCUGUGCUCCUGCUCUUCUCCUUGGCCACCCCAGGGUAUGGGCAGCACAAGGGCACCUGCAAAGGGUACUGCGCCUCCGCAUGCAACAAAAAGGAUGAGUGGACGUUCCACCAGUCCUGCAAGAAGAUGUACUGCUGCCUUCCCCCUCCCAAAAAGGGAAAAUGAUGGCCAGCGGGUCCAGCAGUGGAGCAGGAGCGGCUCUGGCAGAGGAGCUCCCAGCGCUGUGUUUGUUGAGUGACAGAUGGUGGUUUUUUGCUUUGAAAUAAAUACGAGUUGAUGUGAUUUCUGUGUGCUGUGUGGUUCGUGCACCUCUGGGUAGGUGAACCAGGAGGGGCUCUGCAGCAUCCCUGCGUAACACACCUCAGGUAGCUCCAGACCUGGGACUGCAAAAUAACAC